AUGGGCCCGACGCUGACGCCCGACGGCCGGCGCCCCCCGCAGACGGCCAGCGCCCCCCACAGACCCCCCCGCAGACGGCCAGCGCCCCCCGCAGGCGGCCAGCGCCCCCCGCAGGCGGUCAGCGCCCCCCACAGACGGCCAGCGCCCCCCUCAGACGGCCAGCGCCCCCCACAGGCGGCCGGCGCCCCCCGCAGGCCCCCCACAGACGGCCAGCGCCCCCCGCAGGCGGCCAGCGCCCCCCACAGGCGGCCAGCGCCCCCCACAGGCGGCCGGCGCCCCCCACAGGCGGCCAGCGCCCCCCGCAGACGGCCAGCGCCCCCCGCAGGCGGCCAGCGCCCCCCACAGGCGGCCGGCGCCCCCCGCGCGCCCCCCGCAGGCGGCCAGCGCCCCCCACAGACGGCCAGCGCCCCCCACAGGCCCCCCACAGGCGGCCGGCGCCCCCCGCGCGCCCCCCGCAGGCGGCCAGCGCCCCCCACAGACGCCCCCACAGGCGGCCGGCGCCCCCCGCAGACCCCCGCCCGGUCGCUCCCCGGGCCGGGCCGGGCCGAAGAGCCUGAGAGUCAGUCAGGCCGCUCUCCUCAGGGGCCGGACUUUCCUUCUCGGUGGCCGGUUUCGCCAGCCCGCGGCCUCCCGCCCUUUCUCUCCGCCGGGCCGGGCUGA